AUGCGUGGUUCAAUAAUCUUGGUAGGAGCCUGCCUGGCGGCGGCGUCGUUGACUGAUGGUUCAGGGGCUGAUGGUUCAGGGGCUGAUGGUUCAGGGGGAGGACCGAUUCAGUUGGUGCGUCCGAAGGCAGGGCAUGCGGACCUGGAGGCGACGGAGGAGGGGUUGAAUUACUUACGAUCAUUGGUUGCGCCGAUUGCGGUGGUGUCGGCAGUGGGUGCUAUCCACACGGGAAAGUCGUUCUUGUUGAACCAGUUGAGUGAUGUGGGCCAGGGUUUCUCUGUGGGUUACACGGUGCGUCCGGAGACGUCUGGUAUAUGGCUGAUGCCGUACCCGAGACUGUUGGACGGCGCCGGAAACGUAGCGGCCUCGUCCUCCGGAGCUUCUCCAGGUUCCACCUCUGUUUCGGAUAUGUCCAGGACACCUGGUGCGGGAACGACGUUGUUGUUUCUGGAUACAGAGGGCUUGUUUAGCAAGGAUGCUUCGAGUUCUUAUGAUGCAAAGUUGUUUGCUAUAUCUACAUUGCUCAGUUCGGAGGUUAUUUACAAUACAGUUAAGUUCAUUGAUACCCACCACAUGGAGGCAUUAGAGACACUUAUUCGUCGUACGAAUCUGUUUGGAUUGCGUGCAUAUGCGCGUCAAAAGGUUUCGGCAGUUGCGAACUUGAGUGAGUUUUUACGUGUGCUAGUACCCUCUCAAUUAUCCUGGGUGGUCCAAGAUUUCGUCCAAGACCUGGAGAAUUUGGAGCCUGAAGCAUGGUUAGAAGAGCUAUUGACACGUGGUGGAGUUGCUACCGGAACUCCAUCUGAAGUGCCGGAGGAGCGUGUGGGAAAUUUCUUUAAAAGGAUAGACUGUGUCACAUUACCCGUACCCGCUAGUAGUAAUGAUUUGUUACAAAAACUAGAUACUAUACCCUCCGAUCAAUUGGAUGCUCAGUAUCGUAUUGGCAUCGCUAACUUUCGAAACCGUCUUAUGAAACGAGCAGUCCGUGAACCCAAGUUUAAGGGCGGCGGCUUCAAUGGACACCAAGGUACUCUAGGCUCACAAGAUAAACUACCCAUGACCGGAGGGGACAUGGCCGACCUACUUAUCUUCCUAAUCGAAGCAGCCAACACCUCAUCUACUGAUGGUAAUCAUGAAAGCCCAUUCCCUGAACUCCCAUCUGUCGCCGAACAAUUCACCAAACUACAACUCAAAUUAAUGCAAACGGAUAUACUUGCUAUACUUGAAAAAGAUCUCAACGAAGUCUCUAAUAGACAUAUACGCGAAUCUAAACCACUUGGAGCAAAAGCUUUUGAAUAUGAAAUAGAAAAACAGACUUACCAAGCCCUCAAAUUAUGGAAGUAA